AUACAUUUCAAAAUCAAUACGCAAAAUUUAAAAGACAAAAAAAAAAACACCACAUUCAGGCAUUGUAAUAUGGUCGAGAAAAAAGGCCGUUUUCGGUCCAAGCAAAAAGUCAUGACAUCUGCUCCAAGGCGACGCAAUGUCAGUCAUCUGCAGGGUGGUGUGGGACUAUUGACUCAGCAGGCCAGUCAAAUGAGUAACAAUUUGUUCAUAGCCCGUCGCUCGAGUGGCUUAAUGUCCGGAUCUUUGGAGGAUAGACAAUCGGGUAGAAACCUUGUACGUCUCUCUAAUCCACGAAUUUCACAGAUAAAAAAUGAUCGUCUUUAUCAUCUGGGCUUGGACACUUCAAAUACCAAUAUGCCCAAUGAAUUUGGUGAAAUUAAGUUUGUAGUCAUUGGUGAAUCUGCUGGUCAGAUGGAGGAAUUUGCCCGACUUUUAGCCAAAGAUAUAUCACAGUCCAAGGUAAAUAAUGUCGAAAAUCUGGCUCGUGGAGGUGAUAGUCCCUAUGUCAUGUAUAAAGUGGAGGAUGUUUUGAUAUUAAGUCAUAGUCUAGGUGCCCCAUCCAUUAGCAUACUGCUGAAUGAGCUCAUUAAGCUUAUGCAUCAUGCCCAUUGUAAUAGUAUGACUUUUAUACGAAUUGGUCAAAGCGGAGGCGUGGGUGUACGGCCCGGAACAGUAAUAGUUUCAGAGCAAGUGUUUGAUGCACAAUUACGUAAUUCCCAUGAAGUGGUAGUGAUGGGUAAGCCACGGCUCUGGCCCACCAAACUAGAUGGGCAACUGGCAAAAGAGCUCACAGAGAUGAAUAUACCCGCUAGUGAUGGUUUCGAGGCAAUUGCUGGCCAUACCAUGUCAACCAAUGAUUUCUAUGAGGGUCAAUUUCGUUUAGAUGGAGCCUUUGCCGAUUACAAUGAGGUCGAUAAGCAAGUGUUUCUCUCGCAAUUGGUCGAGAAGGGUAUCAGGAAUAUUGAAAUGGAGAGCACGGCAUUUGCUGCCAUCACCCACAAGGCCAAUAUCCGUAGUGCCAUUGUGUGUGUGACCAAUUUGAAUCGCCUUAACGGAGAUACGAUAACAGCAACUAAAGAACAACUCGAUGCCUGGGAUAGACGACCCCAGAAGCUUGUCUCUCGGUACAUACAACAAAAUUUAAAUAUGCCCAGCAGCACAACCAAAGUCAACUUUGGUCCGAAUUCAAGAAACUCUCAAUAAGCGACAACAACUCAAUGUUCAAAUGCCGCAUCAAGUGAAAGACAAAAAACAAAAUAAAUAAAGUAAAACCGAAAAAAUCA